AUGGUUCAUGGGCCGUUUGGAAAGCUUAACCCAAACUCACCGUGUAUGAAGGACGGAAAGUGCAGCAAGGGAUUUCCGAAAGAAUUUUCGCCGGCUACUAAAGAAAAUGGAAGCGGCUACCCAAUUUACAGACGACGCGAUACUGGAAGCACGGUGAUAAUCAACGAGGUGCCGGUCAACAAUCAGUGGGUAGUUCCCUAUAACAGUUGGUUGUCUUGCAAAUUCAGUGCCCAAAUCAACGUGGAAGUGUGCACCAGUGUCAAGUCUGUAAAAUACCUAUUCAAGUAUGUCUACAAGGGCUACGACUGUGCGAAUGUCAAGAUCACGCAGCGAUUCCAGUCUGCAGAUGCCGGGACUUUAGUCUGGGAUGAAGUGGAUACGUUCCUGAAUGCCCGAUAUGUGAGCGCUCCUGAAGCUGUGUGGCGGCUCAAUGAAAAUAAAAUGCACAAACAAUCCCAUAAUAUCGAGCGCCUCGCAGUGCACUUAGAAGACAUGCAGAACGUUGUGUUUGAGGAAGGAAACGAAGUGUCUGCAGCAGCAAGAGCAGCAAUGUCGAACAGCACACUAACAGCGUAUUUUGCUCUUAACCGGAAAGCGAUGCAGCUAAGUUGA